AUGGACAUGUUUCAUUUUAGCCAAUACACGGCGCUGGCCAGCAGGAAUUCGAUGGGCUCGAGGUAUCAGGAGAAAUUGCCAGUCGAGGACGUUCCACUAUUGAUCGCGGAGAAUCGUGACAUAGACAUAGAUUUGGCGAUGAGGGAUCUGCAGGUGGAGCAGAGUCGCGUCCAAGUCGGUAACCUCCUGCUCGAAGGUACAUUAAUACUCUUUGUUGCCCACUGUGAUGACGUUCAUUCAUUCACCACGAACACCAUAGGCAAUUUUGGCGAAGUUUUCAAUACGGCGUCCGAAUCUCAGGUUAGCAGAUUCGUUUCUGAGUCGCUCAUGUUCUACGGCCUGCCCGUUCAUCCGAACGUAUCGUUCGUGAUCGCCGCCACGUACGGCGGCGGCGCAUCGCUGCCAGCGCUGUGCUACUUCCACCGCGGCUUUGGCAACCUGAAGAAGUUCCUGAUGCGCUGCAGUGGUGCCGAGUUCGGUCCCUCGCAUUCUCACUCACUGUCUACGCAGAACCUCGUUUACAUGGCGUUGCACAUCGUCCGUGGGGUGAUUCAUCUGCACGCGCACGGCAUCGUCCACCGCGACAUUGCCACCCGCACGUGCAUUAUUUCCGAAGAAAUGACGGUUCAGUUGUGUGACACAGGUCUUUCGAGGGAUUUAUUUCCGCAGGACUACCAUUGCUUGGGAGACAACGAAAACAGACCGGUCAAGUGGAUGGCUUUGGAGUCGAUUGAAAAAAACGAAUUCACCUCAGCGUCUGACGCCGUAAAAUUUCUAAGGUUUUCCUGUUGGCGUCAGAUGUUGCUAGGUUUGGAGCCAUUAAGCAAAAUUUCGAUCCGUGUACUGUCCCCCAGUCCAUGUACUGCUCAUAUUUAUUGUCACUGUUGA